AUGGCUCAAAGACAACUAAUCAAAGAAUUGAAAAAGGACUAUAGUAGCACCUUCAAUCAAGAGGAAUUGGGAAAAGACGUAGAUGGAAUGGAAACGGUACAUAGAAUAACAUCUAAACCAGGUUUAGAACCUCCGGUAAGACCACCAUAUUGUCUAGGUGCGAAAGAACAAGAUGAGCUUCAAAUACAAUUGCAAAAUUUGAUUGCGGUGAAUUUGAUACAACCUAGUCAAAGUCCAUAUAGCGCCCCAAUAUGCUAUGUAAAGAAAAAGGAUGGCUCAUUGAGAAUGUGCGUAGAUUACAGAGCUUUAAAUGCUCAAACAAUAAAGGAUAAGUUCCCACUUCCACACAUCGAAGAUUUGUUGGAUGAAGUAGGUCACUGA